UGCAUAAAAACCCCCGGCACUCUACGGUCUGAUGUCCUGUUGCUUCACGAGCAUCUCCAAGCCUCCAGCUCUCCUUCUUUCCACAGCGACAGAGAACAGAACGAGACCAACCAUGAGCCACACAAUGCAUACCUCAACUUCCUACAGACGCACCUUUGGGAGCCCACACCUUAUUUCCAUGUCUUCCUACUCCCCCGUGUCUGCCCGCAUGUCCGUCUCUCCAGGGGGGCGCUAUGUGCGUUCAAUGUCACCCGUGGUUUCAUCCCGCGCCACCACCUACCACCAACAGCGUUCUCGCCCUGGCCCCCAGCCCCCUCGUCUCUCCUACGACAAGGUGGACUUCACUCUGUCUGAGGCCAUCAACCAGGAGUUCCUAACCACCCGCAGCAAUGAGAAGGCCGAGCUGCAAGAGCUCAACGACCGCUUUGCAAGCUUCAUCGAGAAGGUGCGUUACCUGGAGCAGCAGAAUGGUGCGCUGCAACAGGAGGUCAACCAGUUUAAGGGCCAGCAGCAGCACGGUCAGCCCAACCGUGCCUCUGAGCUCUUCCAGGAGGAGUUGAGGGACCUGCGGCGCCAACUGGACUCCACCGGAAAGGAGAGGGACCAGUACCAUCUGGAGAGGGACAACCUGGCUGAGGACCUGGCCAUGCUCAAGCAGAGGUUGGAUGAAGAAACCCAGAAGAGGGCAGAUGCUGAAAAUAACCUGGUUGCAUUCCGCAAGGAUGUAGAUGAUGCCACAUUGUCCCGUCUGGAGCUGGAAAGGAAGAUUGAGUCUCUGAUGGAUGAGAUUGAAUUCCUCAAGAAGAUCCAUGAUGAAGAAAUCCAGGACGUACAAGUGAGUGUCCAGACCCAGCAGCUGAAGAUGGAGGUGGACAGCACCACCAGGCCUGACCUAACUGGUGCUCUGAGGGACAUCAGGGCCCAGUAUGAGACCAUUGCCUUGAAGAACAUGCAGGAAUCUGAGGACUGGUACAAGUCCAAGUUUAAUGAUCUGACUGAGUCUGCAAAGCGCAACACUGAUGCUCUGAGGCAGGCCAAGCAGGAGGCCAACGAGUCCAGGAGGCAGAUUCAAACUCUCAACUGUGAAGUUGAGUCGCUGAAGAACACGAAUGAAGCCCUGCUGAGGCAGAUGCGUGAAAUGGAGGACCAGUUUGGUGUUGAGAUUGGAAACUACCAGGAUAACAUUGGUAGACUGGAGGACGAGAUCCGCCACCUGAAGGAGGAGAUGGCUCGCCAUCUUAGAGAGUACCAGGACCUCCUCAAUGUCAAAAUGGCUCUGGACAUUGAGAUUGCUACCUACCGUAAACUGCUGGAGGGAGAGGAGAGCAGGAUUACUGUUCCCAGCCUCAAUAUUGGGAUGAGCAAUCACCUUGGUGACCGAGACUAUGAACACACUUCAGAUUCUAUCUCAAGCAAGAGGACCGUGGUAAUCAAGACAGUUGAGACUAGAGAUGGAGAGGUGGUGAAGGAGUCCAGGAGGGAGAAGGAUAGAGAGUCAGUCCGCACUGAUAAGGACGACGACGAAGAGUAGAAUAAAGCUGAUUCGAAAAUGUGAAGGCCAGAGUCACAGGAAGAAAAAUAACAAAUAAAUAAACAAACAUAAAAUCGGGGAAAAAACAGAAGAAAAAAAAAACCUCUGAUCUAUAUACUGUAGUCCUCAUUCCCACUAGUUAUGUGUUUAAUUGUCUAGCAGAGAGUCUCUGAGUAUUGAUGCAAUGUUGAAUGAAUCCCUUUAGACAGUGUCACUUUGGUGCUAUUUAAGCCACCCAAUUUUUGCUUAAUCUUGACAUGUCAUCUGUACGGCUAAGCAAAGCCACUAUGAUAACAUACCAUUUGAGGCCUUGAUUUACAGUGCAAUCCCAUGGAGUCCUUAGACGAUCACACACUCGUAGCGGAGUAUUAAACCACAGGUUGAAACAGAUAGUUUAAAUGGAGAAAUUUAGUAGUUUGUGUCUUAGAUAUGACUUACUAAAAACUGUCACACACUGCCCUUUGGUCAACAUUCCUUAAAAGACAGAUUGAGAAUAAAUUAAGCUAUUUGCAUUUGUUUUAGAAGCUGUGCUAUCAAUUUAUAGUGUAAACCAACAAAUCACAAACAUGUAACUCACAGGAAAUGUUGACACUGAAAAUAUGACCAACUAAAAUCACCAAAAAGACUUCUGCUGAUGUGCUUUGCAAUACUGUGUGUAUCUGGCAAGAUUGAUGAAUGAUAUGUAAAUGCAAAUAAAGUUAAU